CGACGUUCGGACGAGAAACUACUUCUGCCAAUUUUCAAUAAAAAUCUUCCGACAUUUCUUAAUUUGUCAACCGGCGUACAACUGCUCGAAUAUGGACGAGGAUGUUUAUCGCUUUGCCGAAAAUGAAGUUGUUCUUUGUUACUAUCAAUCUAUAUUGUACGAAGGGAAAGUUGUAAAACGUAAAAUAACUGACGAUAACGAGGUUUAUUAUUAUAUUCACUAUUACGGAUGGAAUAAUUCAUGGGAUGAAUGGGUACACGAUGAUAAAGUUCUGUCUGUUAAUGAAUUUUCAGUGGAUCAUAUGGCAUCACUCCAUUUUGAGCAUAAUAUCAAAGUAAACUUGCAUGUAGGAAGACCUAAGAAACGUCGUCCGUUAGACCAAUCCGAUAAUACGUCUUCGGACGAAGAAACAUACACAUACGAGACAGUGUGGCCCUCACAUAGGAGGAAUGCCGCCUUUCAUAUGGGAUACAUAAGGCCAGGCACUAGGCGAUAUAACAGGCCGCCCCCAGACCGUGAUCUGAUGCGUCCUUCAAGAUAUAACAGAAAACUAUUUGACAUGCCAACGGUAUUAAAGCGCAGAGUGGCGUUCGACUAUAGUAUGAUUAACGUAUUCCAUAAGCAAUUAAAAUGUCCACCAAGAAUUACCAUCUCACAGUUAGUUAUUGACUACAUAGAUUCAAAACAGCACAAGAGUUUAUUUAUCAGGGAGAGAGCAAAAAAUGUAUCAUUGACGAUGGUACAACAUUUUAAUGCAUAUAGACACAAGCUUUUAUACGAAAUUGAGCGUUUAAAUGGCGUGGCCCAAAAAGCUCAGUAUUUAUUAUUAGAAAAAAAAAGACAAAACGAUUUAAAAUUACAAUUUCCUUACCCUGAAGACUUAUGGUGUUCAAUAUAUGGGCCAAUAUAUCUAUUGCGGUUUUGUGUUAAUUUGGAAAAGAUUAUAAAACCAACAUUGUUGGAACCAGAACUGUUACCAUUAAUGAUCGAUGUUGUAAAUGAUUUUUACAUGUUCAUUGUACAAAACUUUUCAAGGUAUUUCUCCAAUGAUGAUUAUGAAGUAUGCGGCUUACUGGUACCGAUAGUCUUAUAAUGCAGAGUUAAAAAAACCACCAAUUAAAAUUUUAACAAGUAGCAGUCCUUUUUAUAUUUUUCGAUCGAUGAUUACAAGCCUACAAUUAUUACGAGUGAAACAGAUGUCACGUCCCAAAAUACUAAAUAAUGGAUCAUCGAAAACGACUGUUUUGCAUGUUUGAUUGAAACUAUUUCAUUUAA